AUGGCUCCCUCAGCUCCCGGGACAGCCAGCAACUCGCCGGCCAAGAAAACCUCCGCGCCGGAGAAGAAGUACAAGUGCCAAUUUUGCAACCGCGCCUUCAGCCGCAGUGAACACAGAAGCAGACACGAGCGAUCCCACACAAAAGAACGGCCCUUCAAAUGCUUAAAAUGUCGGAGCACCUUUGUUCGCCGUGAUCUUCUCCUCCGUCAUGAUCGUACCGUUCACGCCAAAGAUGGUGGAAUCCCCCUCGUUGCAGAGGGGCGCAGACGCGGUGGAGGGGUCCAGAAGUCCUCUUCAUCGGGACCUUCCAAGCCUUCGAUCACCAUUGAUCCGGCGACGUUGGAACAGAUUGAGGCAAGCAGUGAUGGUAUGGUCGACCUUGAAACUGCAGCCAUGUUGAUGACAGAUUUCCAACAUAAGGCUGCAGCAGCGGCGACGACGACGCAGCAGCAACAGGUGUCCGAGCGAUCCGAAUCCCUUUCCCCGGGUCGUGGCUCUUUCGAGCCUUACCUUUCCGGCAACGCGACCUUGCCCCAGAUGCCUUGGGAUACGCUCACUUCCCCCACGGAUACUGGCUCGAUGCCCACCCUCGUCGACCGCCAUGGCCCCGUCGGAGACGUCCUCCUUUCCAACUCGAUGCCCAUGUCUGGCCACUCCACCCCGAAUGCCCUUUCCCCGUAUCCCUCUAUGACCGGUCCUGUGAGCCCUGUUAACUACCGUCGUUCACCCGGUCCUAGCCAGGCCUUGACCCUCCCCCGGGCUCCUCAAAUUGCUGACGAGAUGGAGCGGAACAUGGUUGUUGAGCGUGUUCAAAGCGCUGACACCCUCGGUGCUCUGCCCGAGACAUUCCAGCUGCCAGGUACAGUUGCAUUGAACCGGUACCUCUCCACCUACUUCAACCUGUACCACCCUCAUCUGCCCUUCCUUCACCAGCAGUCUUUCAACCCAACUACUGCCCCAGCCCCGCUCCUGUUGUCCGUUCUCUCCAUUGGCGCUCUGUACACCUUUGAGCGUGAACAUGCUUUCAUGCUGCACGUUGGCUCCAAGGUCCUCGUCAACCAGUUCCUGCAACACAAGGAGAACUUUGAUUCCCGCAAAUGUCCUCUGUGGUUGAUGCAAGGUAGUCUGCUCAAUAUGGUCUUCGAGAGCUGGAGCGGUGACCCCAAGGGUCUCGAGUGGACUUGCUCCAUCAAGAGUCUCCUGGCCAACAUGGUUGCUGGUAACCGUUAUCAGCUGAAGGUUCGCACUGAGGCUCGCCAGGGAAUUCAGCCCUCUCGCGAGGAGUGGAUCGAGGAUGAGUCUUGCCGUCGCACCUAUUUCGCAGUCUACAUCUUCUUUGGCAUGCUCACCUUGACCUUCAACCACACUCCCGCAAUGAGCUUCGACGAGUUCGACAACCUCGAGCUGCCUUCGUCUGAGUCCCUUUGGAACCUUGAUCCAUCCGACGAGGAUUCAUGGCGCCGCGGUGUGGCCAGCGGCACUCUCACUGUCCGCGAGGCCCACGACUUCCUCUUCCAGGGUGAACAAACUCGCUACAGCGCUUUCGCGACUCGCGUUCUGAUCAACGCUCUGUUCUUGCAGGUUUGGAACCACAAGCGCAGCUUUGAGGCGCUGCAAGACGUCGUCACUGAAUAUAAGCUGCGUCUCGCUCUGGAGACUUGGGAGAGCUCCCUCGAGGUGUGCGAGUCGGAGACCAUUGUUGUCCCGCUUAGCACUCCUCAGAAGGGCCACCCCUUGAUCUUUAACUCAAUGGCCGUCUACCGUAACACUCGCGCCCGCCUGGAAGUUGACCUGAAGUCCAUCCAGGAGGCCAUGCGUUACCACUCGUCCUACGAGGUCGCCGCUGCCAUGACCGUUGCCCGCGAGAAGGUCAAGCGCUCUCAAGAGAUGAACAAGGUUGUUCAGCAAUGCUUCGAGUGCAUUGAAAUUGCCGCUCUUCAAGGCAUCAACUGGGUUGCCAAAACCUCCGCCACUAACUGGAGUGUCGAGCACCCUCUGUGUGGCCUGGACCUGAUGGUCAUCCUGAGUCUCUGGCUCUACCGCCUGGAACAUGACGACGAGCCGGCGACUGAGGCUGAGAUGGCUAUUUACAACAAGGUCCGCAAUCUGUUUGACGAUGAUGCCAUCGACGCGUUUGGCAAACUCAGCUCCACCGUCGCCCGUGUUUGGGGUAACAUCCUUGACGGCGUGGUUGUCUGGGGGUUGAUGGGCGAGUCAUUCAAGCUGCACUCCCAAGCCUUGGUCGGCUAUGAGGACUCUCUUCGUGUCGGCAAAGACCAACCGAUUCACGCAGUGCCUACCAAGUCGCUCGCCAGCGUUGGUACCGCGUACUGA